AAAAUCCCAAAUGCAAGUCAGUGGAAACAUGCAGCUUGUCAAUUUCAAAACAAAAACAAAAUGGAUACGGAAGCAGCAUCGUCGUCCUCCUUUUCUGACAAAAGAACAAAUCCUGCAAAUGCUCAGUGAGGUGCCUGCAGGAUUUGUGGAGCCGACGGUGCCACCUUCUCCCGUCUUGCCGCCCUUUAAGAAGCUUGGUGUGCUCGUCGACGCGGAUGACAUUAUCGACGCCAAGGAAGCCACUGCGAAUAAAGGCCCCAACAACAACAACAACUACAUAAACAGCACACAAUCCUAUCUGUGUGCCGAGUGCCGUCGCACACUGCCCACCGCCCACCUGUUGGAUCUACACAUCACCGAGCAGCAUGAUUUCUACUUUGCCGCCAGCGUGGAACGCGGCGACAAGCCCAUGUUCACCUGCUACCUGGAGGAGUGCGGCACCAAGUUUCACACGCCCCGACAGCGCAAGGACCACUGCAUCACGGCGCACAAGUUUCCGGCCAACUAUCGCUUCGACCAGGACCACGGCAACGGCAAAACCAAGCACAAGGGCAGUGGCAAGAAGAGCGACGCCUCCAUGGAGGUGGACGAGGCGCCGGCAGCUCGCAAGAGUGUGCCAUACAUCAAAGCCUUCUGCUUCGGCCACAACACAAUGCGUACGUUCAACACGCGAAAGGAGCGCCAGUCGGGCGACACUCUGGAGGAUGUGCAGGACAUGAAGAACGCCAUCGACGACAUCCUCGAUUAGAUUUACAUAACUAUUUAUUUUGCGAAUGAAGCAGCAU